AACCUUGCCUUGCCUUUGCAAGUAAGGUAAGUAACUCGCUGCAAUCGCUUUCGAUCCCUGAUUCUGGUUUUUUUGAAUAAUAAAUUCCACGUUUCUAAAUUGAUCCGAAGAAACCAUCGAAAUGGAUUCUCAAAUAUUCAUGCUGAACAGUUCGGCCCUUCCGGGGUAUGAAGACAUGGUGGAAUGUCCUUAUAACAGGGCUCACCAAAUAAUGUCAAGUCGGAUGCAAUCGCAUCUAUACAAAUGCCGUAAAAAUUACAAGAACUUGAAGUACGUGCAGUGCCCUUUUAACGAAACGCACGAUUUUCCGGAACAGGAGCUGCCGAAUCAUGUAAAAGUAUGCCCGGACCGGGAAUCGUUAGUUCGAUACAAGCUAACGGUUGCUACUUCAGCAGCCACCUUUGCGCAGGAAGAAGCAUCUUCGGUGAAGGUUGCAGUCCCAGUUGGGAAAGUCUUUGAGAAUGAAGUGGAAGAUGAAGAUUUAUGGGAUGCGGGUCCUUCAGUGCGGGCUUAUAAUCCUAGAGCAAAUGCUUCGCGAACGAAUGUCAUUCGUAAAAACAUCGGAAUGACACCGUCUCAGAAGAAAGCGUUCAAGGAAGCCGAGCGCCAACGUCUGGGAAAAAUCAGGAACCAUUGUGAGCUGAACGAGGAACGUUAAUGUCACGUUACUAACUGUUAGAUGGAGUAUGUUUACACAACAGGUUGAAUGUAAACGUCAAGUUAUCAAACAUUUUCCUUUUGAUUAUCAGUAGUUAAGUAUCCAAACUGAAUUCCAAUGGCUAGUCAAUUUCUUUCAGCGGCUAUUAUGUUUUUUUAGUAAUCGUAAUGAAAAAACACAAAAUUCUCCGUUCUGAAAAGCAGUUUGAAAAUGAAUAAUUUUUUUUUAGCUAUUAAUCUGUUAAGUGACCGUAGGGAGUCAAAUGCUAAGUAAGAUCCUUAGCUACAUAGAGUUAAAAAUGUUAAAACUGUCCAGAAGAGCAAUAGAAGUUUGAUCCAGCAGUAGUAAAUGUACGGAACAUAUAUUAAACAUCAGGGCACAGCAAUACUGACAAAUCAAAGGUCAGCUUAUUGUAAACGAUACAUAAAAGUUAUCGUUAAUAAAUAUGAAAUUGAAUAAAUGGUGUAUCAUUUAGUUAAAAUUCACAGAUUUGGAAAGUGCUAUGCGGGCUAGUCAAAUUAUAAACACUUGAUCAAUUAUUAUAGGAAAUGUAUCACAGUUUUCAAAUCUGCAAUAGUAUUUGACGGUUACUUUUGAUUUUGAUCUAAGCCUACGACUUUGUGGACUAUUUUAUUGGGGUGUCAGGUUUGA